AUGAUGCAAGCUUCGGCUGCAUAUUCGACCGAUGGAAUACUUGGUCAGCUCCUUAAGGAAGCUAACAAACACAUUCACCUGAUCGAUGGUGAGCUAUCCCGGGAAGCGACCCAUCGACUACACAAAGAAAACACCUCGCUUCAUGAGGAACUUUUUAAUGUAAAGAUCGAGGUGGUGAAACUCGAUCAUGCAUUGAACGAUGUCUCUCAUCAUAGAGACUACCUUCACCACAAAAGUGAUGACCUCUCUGCAGAAGUAAAGUCUUUCAAGGAUGCCUGGCCUCGAAAAGUCCCCUUUAAGGGACCCCCAAAGAGGGCCCAAGGAGCCCCUCUGACAUCGUCUAAUGUAUCGGUACACAACCAUGCGUCUCAACUGGCGCCCCCUAAGGGGAUGCAGGUGCCCUUUUCGAAACUAAUAGAUGGCCAUUAUGGCCCUCUCGCUGCUCCUAUUCCCCCAGGACCUCAAGGGCCCACCCAACAUGAUGAUAAUCGUGACCUUAUCCCCUCGGAGUACUCAUGGUUCCAAUUGCUGGACCAGAGUUGCCAGCCUUCCACUGGGAUGUGGCGAAACGUCCCUAUUCCAGGGUCGUUCUCCAUUAACAAUUUCCAGGACAGAGUCGUUAUCUGUGGUCAACUAUGGGUUAUGCAGGGCCAAAAUGAUAUUUGCCAAUGGUGA